AGAAAAGGCAGUGAUAAGGUUGUUGAACUGUUUAAUGUUGUAGCUGUCGGACCGCGAACGUGAGGUGUAUCCGUGCCUACUUGUUAUUUAAAAAUGUCGAAUAUUCAUGCACUUCCUCUCUUAUUUCUAAAUUUAGGAGGAGAAAUGAUUUACAUACUGGAACAGCGACUACAUGCUCAACAAAUUCCGCAAGACAAAUCAGUGAAAGUUCUGACUGACAUUGUAACUGUGAUGCUGAAUGAAAGGUUUCUGCAAGAACUCUUCAAGCCACAGGAAAUUUAUAACAAGCAAGCAUUAAAGAAACUAUUUGAAGACCUUGCACAUGCUUCAAUAAUGCGUUUAAAUACAGCGAGCAUGGAUAAAUUGUAUGAUUUAAUGACAAUGGUUUUCAAGUACCAAGUUUUUAUGGCAUCUCAUCCUCAUGACCUAAUUCUUAUCACACUUAAUCAUUUAGAUGCCAUAUGGAACUAUGUGAGAGUGCCAUCAGUGCAUAAGCAGAUUGUUAUCGUACAUAAAAUGAUAAUGCAACUGUAUGGCCAAAUGUCUGUUGGUGAGCUGCUAGAUGUAAGGAAAAGCAUACUUAAUUUCUUUCAAGAUCUUAAGAUACGUGUUUCUGUGUUUAUGAGACAGAAACUGCAAAACAGUGACGGAAAAUUUGUAAUUGAUCCAUCAGGAUUAGUACCACCAGGGUGUGAUAUUCCUGGUGAAAUACGUUCAUAUGAUGAAACUGGUGAAAUAAAGGAUGUAACAAAAUUUGAUGGUUGUGGAGAUUACCAAGGCACCAGGCAAUUGGGAUCAUUUGAUAUUCAUGGCAAUAGGAAUACAGAUUUGGGCUGUAAUAUGUAA